AUGGGGAAAUUGAGUUUGAAGAGCAUCGCGUCCGCAUUUGCCAUUGCGGUUCUUGUAUGGUGCAUAAGUUGUGAAGUUUGCAAUGCUAGAGAAGCUACUAAUAGGAGAUCCAGCGCAGCCGCCGCCGAGGCCGCUGAUUCCAAGGCGGGGAGCUCUUUGUGGUGGAGAGGACCCUGGAGGAUACCUUACAUCCCUCGCCCUCCUUUCCCCUUCUACCACCCGUGGCCUUACUGGCUCCCGCCCCCUUGGCCCUAUUGGCCCCGCCCCCACCCUCUCCCUCUGCCUCGCCCCCACCCAAAAUUGCCGCCACCGGCGUCAACACCAUCACCACCCCAAACACCAAUAGCCAAACUCACACCCCCGCCAACACCAACAGCCAAACCCACACCAACACCAGCCCCACCAACACCUCCGGCAUCAGCGACCCCACCUGCGGAGCCAGCACCACCGGCUUCACCAACACCUCCGGUAUCACCAACACCACCGGCUUCACCAACACCUCCGGCAUCAGCGACACCACCAGCGGAGUCAACACCUCCGGCAUCAACAACACCACCGGCAGAGCCAAGACCUCCGGCUUCAACAACACCACCGCCAACACCUCCGGCAUCACCCACACCACCGGCUUCACCAACACCUCCGGCAUCAGCGACACCACCGGCGGAGUCAACACCUCCGGCAUCAGCAACACCACCAGCGGAGUCAACACCUCCAGCUUCACCAACACCUCCGGCAUCAGCAACACCACCAGCGGAGUCAACACCUCCGGCAUCACCCACACCACCGGCAUCACCCACACCACCGGCAGGGCCAACACUACCAGCAGGGCCAACACCACCGGCUUCACCAACACCACCGGCUUCACCAACACCUCCGGCAGCGCCAACACCACCACCACCACCACCGGCAGCGCCAACACCACCGCCACCGGCAGCCCCAACACCACCAAUACCGAGCAACUCUACCGCCUUCAAUGUGCUAGAUUUCGGCGCCAAGGGUGAUGGGAGCACUGAUGAUACCAAGGCAUUCCAAGAUGCAUGGGCAGCUUCAUGCAACGUGGAGGCAUCAACAAUGGUGGUUCCUGCGAAGUAUGUGUUCCUCGUUGGGCCCAUCUCGUUCGUGGGUGAACACUGUCAAGAAAACAUUAUACUCCAGCUAGAUGGUACGGUGGUUGCUCCGACGGAUCCCCAGGCUUGGGGCGACAACGAUGCUCUUGAGCAUUGGCUACACUUUGACAAACUGAGUCGCUUCACAUUGCAAGGGAACGGAACCGUCGACGGCCGAGGCUCCGUCUGGUGGCACCCCUUGCAAUCUGAGGACCUCAAGGAUGACCUUUCCGAUGUCGAUGAUGAUGGAAUGGACUCCGAGGACACGGAUAUACAGGCAAAGGAUGAGUUGAGUUCAAUGCCCUGGAAGAAACCGACGGCAAUGAAAUUCGAUCGCAGUCUAAAUGUCACGUUCAGCGGCAUUAAGAUUCAGAACAGCCCCAACGUCCACCUCACGUUCUACGCAUGCGUCGGCGUUCUCGUGCACGAUAUGAGCAUCUCGUCCCCAGGCGACAGCCCCAACACCGACGGGAUCCACCUUGGGAACUCCCAAGAUGUGACCAUCCAUGAUGCUACUCUCGCCUGUGGGGAUGACUGCAUUGCGAUCCUCAACGAAUGCUCCAACAUCCACAUACACAACGUGCACUGCGGUCCGGGCCACGGGAUCAGCAUCGGAAGCCUAGGAAGAGACCAUUCAAGAGCAUGUGUGCACGAUAUUACUGUUCAAGACGUUGAUCUGCACGGGACGACGAACGGUGUCAGGAUAAAGUCGUGGCAGGGUGGGUCGGGCGCCGUCUACAGAGUGAAGUUCUCGAACAUUCGAGUCUCCGAGGUCCGAUGGCCGAUCAUCAUCGACCAGUACUACUGCGACCACACGACCUGCACAAACCAGUCCUCGGCCGUCGCCGUGCGAGGCAUCGCCUAUGAGAACGUCGUGGGGACAUACACAGAGAGACCGGUGGACUUGGCUUGCAGCGACGCAGUGCCCUGCCGGGACAUCACUCUGUCCUCGAUAGACUUAAGGCCAUCGUCACAGAACCCACCCUCUCAUGGUCAUGACCACAGCCCCUUCUGUUGGCAGACCUUCGGCCAGCUGACCACGCCGAUCUUCCCGCCUAUCGACUGCGUGCAGAUCGGGACCCCAUCGAGCAAUGGGAUCGGAUCUGGUCAAGACUUAUGUUAGAGACUUUCAUUAUAGUUUCCCUCACGGAGUCUUCUUACUUAGGAACAGCCACGCUUUCUUCACUAGGAGUUCUUUUACUGUGGCAUAUAAUAGAAUUUCUAUAGGUUUGGUUCCUUGUAGCAAGAGCAAACGGUUUUUGCUUACCUUUAUUACUUGACUCUACCGUGUUAGAUUAUAUCAAUUACAGCUAAAGUUUAUAUCAAUUA